UGUCCCCGCUCCCCCCCCCCUUGUGCUUGCUCUUUCAUUCGUUCCAAAGCAAGCCUGCUUCAUUGUGGGGAAAGAGUGAGGGAGCUGCAGCUCAGUUCAGCAGACCGAUCUGGAGAUAUAUUUUUUUUCUCCAGCACAUGCAAGCUGACUGCCAAACCUGAAUUGCCAGCAGGGAAAGGGACUAAGCAACUGCUUUAAGUUUCAGCCUGUCUGUGGUGCAGGUUUUUCAAGUCACACACACACCUGCCUGUCACACACACACUUUCUCUCUCUCUUCCCUCUCCCUCCCUCUCUUUCUCUCCCUCAUUCAUACAUACUCAUACACAUCUAGGGAUAAAGGUGCUGUCUGACUUUCCUGCCUCUGUAGAUACCUUCAUCAAGGACCUUGAUUUUCCAGAGAAGAUCUCCUGAGGGCCAGCUGUCUGUUGGCUACCAAACGUGUACAAAGUGAAAAUGUCUACGGAAAAGGCUAUCAGAGAAGACCAGGUGGAGAUUUUGGAGUACAACUUCACCAGAAUCAGCAAGAACCCUGAUCGUGCCACUCUUGACCUCAUCGCUGCUGAGGCAGGGCUAUCAGUAGAAGAGGUUCUAGAAUGGUUCAAGAAGCGGCUGGGAGAGUGGAGGAAAUCGGAAGGGCUUCCUUCAGAAUCUAGGUCUGUCAGAGAUUGACUAAAUCCCCCCCUUUUGGAGACAUCCCUGGAAAAUGGACAGCAGCUCAAUUAUUGCUUUCUCUAUGGAAUGUUACUGUCAAAAAUAUUUUUUCCUAUUAUUUAACCUACUGCUUAUUUAAAAUGUAUAUACUAGAGGUGGAAAAUAAGUAUAUGAAAUUAUGCAGACUGAUUGUAAUUCAGAUGUUUAUGAAACUUACAAGGAAAAAGCGACAAACUGUGCCUAUUGCAAUUACAGUGAAAACUUAAUGGAGUGGAUCUGGUUUAAUAUUUCUAUUAACUCCAGCGAAAUUAAUAGGAAGGAGCAAUAGAUUGAAAUAUGCUUUUCUUGUCCACUGUACUAUGAGAAAUAGCUUCAGCACCAGAGUCCAGGAAAGCAAUAUCUAGAAUCAACUGCAUUCAUUAACAUCUUAUAGAAACUAGAUUUAAAAAAAAAAAAGUUUCGGCAUGAUCCAUCGUGUGGCGUUUGUGAAGGCUUUCAUGUGUACACAAAGAAAAGAACAAGCUCCAUCUUGCCUGAGUCCAUAUUCAGCUCCUAUGUACACAGAAAAGUCACACAAUCCAUUGUGAAUUCAGGGCAGACUACCAAUGAACACAGUGAAACAACCUUCUGCAAUCUUGAGCAGUGUAUAGUACCGUGAUGGUGAACCUAUGGCACGCGUGCCACAGGUGGCACACAGAGCCAUGUCACCUGGCAUGCCAGCUUAGCUCCGGCGCGCGCCAGCUGAUUUUUGGGCCUUCUGGGCCCACCAGAAGUAGGGAAACAGGCUGCUUCCUGCCUCCGGAGGGCCUGGGGGGGGGAAGGCUGUUUUCGCCCUCCCAAGAUGCAUAGAGAGGAUCUGGAGCCAGGUGAGAAAGAAAAAUGGGCCUACCGGGCCAUUGCGUGCCAGGAGCGGGCGGGGAGGGGGGUUGCACACGCAUAUGCGGGGCGGGGCGCAUAGAAUUAUGGGUGUGGGCAUGCGCGUGCACGAACCUCCCCCCCCUUCCUGGCAUGUGAUGGCAAAAAGAUUAGCCAUCACUGGUAUAGUAUGUUGAAUCCCGCUAGUGCAGCUUGGUUACAGUCAGAUCAUAUAAAGACCCAGCUAGCCAACAGGUGAAGUACAGGUAGUUCUUGACUUACAAUCUUUUGUUUAGUGGUUGCUCAAAGUUAUAAGGGCAUUGAAAAAGGUGAUUUAUGACCUUUUAUGACUUAUGACUUUUGCAGCCCUCCAUGGAGGCAACUGGCUCAUAUUUAUGAUGAUUGCAGUGUCCCAGGGUCAUGUGAUCAUCUUUUGCGACCUUCUGACAAACAAAGUCAAAGAGGAAGCCAGAUUCACUUUGCAACCAUGUUGCUAAUUUAACAACUGCAGUGAUUCGCUUAACAACUGUGGCAAGGAAGAUCGUAAAAUAGGGGAAAACCUAUUUUACAACUGUUUCACUUAGCAACAGAAAUUUCAACUGUGGUUGUAAUUUGAGGACUACCUGUACAUCAAAAUGAUAGGAAUAAAAAGAUGCCAAUGCACCUUGAUUCUUUUUCCUUACCUUUCCUCUAUCCCAUCCCUGUCUUGGAUUACAUGGGUUGUUUACAGAUUAGCCAAAUCCACCAAAAGUGGUGGCCCAUGUGCAUAGUUCAUUAGAUGUCAACAUAAUUAAAUUAAUACAAGGAUCAUAUUUCUAAUAAUUCUAAUGCUGUGCAUGAAGAAGAGUAUUUUUCUCUGGUUACGUUAAUGCAUCACACAUUGUACACUGACUUGACGUGUGCCUCUGACUGAUUUCAUACUCUUAUUAUCUUGGAAAAAGCCACUUCUGAGGAAAGGCCUACACAAAAUCUAUAGAGAUAAGAAUUUAUUUCUUCAUCACGGUUGCACAAUGCAUUCAAUUUUAUGUACAGGAUUUGUCACAAUCACAACUAAAAUGUGGCAAACUGGGCCUUUUUUCAAGUGGAGUCUGAAAGCAAGUUCCAUACAUGGAAGGCUGCUUCAAAGUAGAACCUCAAGGUUUUAUCAAUCUGUUCAUCCACCUACUUACAUUACUGAGUGAUUGAUUUCAGUGGGCAAUACCAUGGGGAUAAAAGGGGAGAGGUAAAGCAAGAAGUGGGUGCCCAGAGAAGUAUUCUGUGCUGACAGCAAAUAUAUCAUUAUACUUAUAAUUCUCCGAGAAGUCAAUGAAGUUCAAAAGCAUUCAGAGAUGCACAACAGGAAUUCUGGUGACUUCAAACCUGGAAUGUUGAAAUGGGUGGAGUGAGGGUUUGACCCAUCCUUCCAGCCAAAAGGAGAACAAUGUGUAAUAAAUUAUUUCAGCAAGUGUAUUGAAGAAGUAUCUAAGUUUAGAAGCACACAUUUUAACUGUGAAUUAUUUUGGGAAAAGAAUCUAAAAGGGGCAGCAUGAUGUCAAUCCAUUACGGAAAACUAGCAAAUCAUGUAAUAAAGAACAGAAUCAGAACAGUGCAUUAUGAAGGUCUGUAGUUCAGCAGAGAAGAUCUCUGUGUACGCCCAAAGUCUCUCAGGUUGAAAGGCUGCUGACAUCGCCAAAUGAAUCCCCGUUUGCUGUUUUGGAGAAUUGCUGCUGCUUUGUUUUGUUUUAGAUAGGAAACAGCUAGAUAAAUCAGCCAUUUAUAUGAAUUUAUAUGCCCACUUGCUGUUUUGCAAAAACAGGAAAAACGUGGAACUGUUUUGACAUUUCUUCACAAGGGUAGAUUUUUAUAAGGAGAUGAUAUUUUACCCACAUAAAGAAAUUUGUUGGGACAUUAUGAAACUCUUGAUGAAACAAUGCAAUUCAGUGAAGAAACGCUCGCGUUAUGUCAUGAGUAUCUCUAAUAUUGCUCGCUAUCUGAAUGUAAUGGAGCUCAGUGGAUCAAAAGUUCAGAAGCAGCCUCCUUUUAGUUGAAAUCAGCUAUUUGUGACCGAAAGGGCGCACCUUUGCAUGUUCCCUGACACUGUCUUUGUUCAAGAACUCUAUUGACCUCCAAUCUAAGCUACAGCCUGAGGAUUCCUGAUCUUUCACAAGAUCAUCUAUGAGAUUGUCAUAUAAUUUCCAAUUAUGAAUAGGUCAGACCUACUUAGGCUUUGGGGCAGAGGUGGGUUUCAGCAGGUUCUGACGAGAACCAGUAGUGGAAAUUUUGAAUAGUUCGGAGAACCGGUAAAUACCACCUGGCUCCGCCCCCAUCUAUUCUCUGCCUCCUGAGUCCCAGCUGAUCGGGAGGAAAUGGGGAUUUUGCAGUAACCCUCCCCUGGAGUUGGUAGGGAAUGGAGAUUUUACAAUAUCCUUCCCUGCCACGCCCACCAAGCCACGCCACGCCCACCAAGCCACACCCACAGAACCGGUAAUAAAAAUUUUUGAAACCUACCACUGCUUUGGGGAUCAGUCAAGGAGAGUGAGAAUUUAGAUAUAUUGGUUUAAGCUAAUCUUUCAUACUCAGGUGUUGGCCAUGUGCAUUAAACUAUAAUUAUCAUCUUUUGGAUAUUCCCUAGAGAAUAUGAAUAUUAUUAAUAAGGCAUUGCUUCAUUCACAUAACAAGGAACAUGCACUAAUAAAUUCUUAGGAAGUGGCGUAAUUGGGCCAUAAGGUGGUAUUCUUGCUUUCAUCAUGGCUAGUUCCUUCAGGUGAAUCAGGUAAGAGCUGGCUUUUUUCUCCAGGCCUUGGACUUGAGUGGUGUGGGUAUGUCUACUAUGGGAUUGGUUUUGCACAUUUAUGGUCUAUGUACUGUAUGUUCUUCAUUAGGAACAUCUUUUUGAGGGAUGGGAAUGUUAAUCUAUUGAAUUGGAUUGUUGUUUUAAACUUUUUAUGUCACCCAGAGUCAGUGAUUAAUUGGACAAUCAUGAGCUGGGCCAUUUAUAAAUAAGCUAAUAAAUAAAUAACAUUACAACCUUUA